AUGGAGGACGCGGCGGAGGGGAAGACCAACGUGCUGCAGGGGAGGUACGAGCUGGGGCGGGUGCUGGGGCACGGCAACUUCGGCCGGGUGCACGCCGCGCGGGACCUGCACACGGGGCGCGGGGUGGCGGUCAAGGUGGUGGCCAAGGACAAGGUGGAGCGCGCCGGGAUGGUGGAGCAGAUCAAGCGGGAGAUCGCGGUGAUGAAGAUGGUGUCCCACCCCAACAUCGUGGAGCUGCACGAGGUGCUGGCCACGCGCACCAAGAUCUACCUGGCCCUCGAGCUCGUCCGCGGCGGCGAGCUCUUCGCCCGGAUCUCCCGCGCCGGCCGCCUCCGCGAGGACGUCGCGCGGCGGUACUUCCGCCAGCUCAUCUCCGCGGUCGACUUCUGCCACGGCCGGGGCGUGUACCACCGCGACCUCAAGCCCGAGAACCUGCUCCUCGACGAGGCCGGCAACCUCAAGGUCGCCGAUUUCGGGCUCAGCGCGCUCGCCGGCCACGCACGCCCCGACGGGUUGCUCCACACCGCGUGCGGCACGCCGGCGUACGUGGCCCCCGAGGUGCUCGGCGGGAACGGCUACGACGGCGCCAAGGCCGACAUCUGGUCCUGCGGUGUCAUCCUCUACGUGCUCCUCGUCGGCGCUCUGCCCUUCCAGGACGAGAACCUCAUGUCCAUGUACCGCAAGAUGCAGCGCGGCGGCUUCCUCUGCCCGUCGUGGGUCUCCAAGGACGCCCGGAAGUUGAUCGGCAGGCUGCUCGACCCCAACCCGAGCAGCCGCAUCACGGUCGCCAGCCUUGUCGAGUCGCCGUGGUUCAAGAAGACGACGCCCAUUCCGAACCCUCUCUUGGAACCCGUGCCAUCAGCGGCCGCGCGCGGCAACGGCGAGGACAAGGACGAGCCCCCCGAGGCGCUGAACGCCUUCCACCUGAUCUCCCUCUCCGCGGGAUUCGACCUGUCCCCGCUGUUCGACCAGGAACCACCGACGGGACGCGGGACGAGGGGCGGCGUCAUGCGGUUCGCGACGCGGGAGCCGGCGAGUGGCGUGAUCUCACGGCUAGAGGGCCUGGCGACCGGCGGGGCCAUGCGCGUGACGAAGAGCGGGGCGCGCGGGGUGCGGCUGGAGGGCGCCGAGCGCGGGCGCAAGGGACGGCUCGGGGUGGCGGCGGAGUUCUUCAGCGUGGCGCCGUCGGUGCUGGUGGUUGACGUCAAGAAGGACGGCGGCGACACGAUGGAGUACCGGUCGUUCUGCAGCGACGAGCUCCGGCCGGCGCUCAAGGACAUCGUGUGGGCUGCUGCUGCUGCUGCCGCCGCCGCGUCCCCCGGUGACCCCCCUGCCCCCACUUGA